CUUGUUUCGAGUUUGUUAAAAGCAUCACUUCACGUUUGCCAAAUGGAACCAAGUGGUCUUCACUGUUCAUGUUUGAUCUGAAUUGUAUUUUUAAGAAGUGAAGCAACUCUUUCUGACAGCGGUGUUUGCAUUACAGCAGCUUCUAAAAGUUGAUAUGAAUGUGUUUGUGACGUGUAGGGUGUAGGCCUUACACACAUGCAGGGUCCAUGUGCAUGUAAAUGAGCAUGAAUACUCGGGGAAUAGAGGGUGUUCGCUUGUCUACCUCCAUCUGAUCCCUGGAAAGGAUCUGAAGUUCCACGUGACAGCACUCUCUGUGGGCAGCCGUUACAUCCAACCAAAACUUAUGCACAUUCACUCCUCCCUGCUCAUUUGACGCACCCCCAUGUCCCCCACCCCACACUAUUUGAAGUUAAUAAGAGAGCCUCCAGAGACCCUGGUGCACUGCUACCACAAGACCUCCACUUUUUUUAACUGAACAGCACCGCAACCACCCAAGAAGUCAUGCCUGUGCCCAACAAAGCAGGGAGAAAAAACAGUGCUGUGGCAGAAGAAAAGCUGCCUCCAUAUGAGCCCAAUGUCCCUGAACCAAUCACCAGGGCCGAUUUCAUGAAAUACUGGUUUGACAUCUCCCUGGAUGAUAAAACUGCACAGAAGCUGCUGUGGAUUUCAGAGGGCGGGGCUAAAGUGGCACGUACGUCUGAUGCAAGCUGUCCAUAUCCUAACAGACCUGAGAGAUAUGAACACGCACCUCAGGUCCUGUGUAAGGAGAACCUGAAGGGUCUUCGUGGCUACUGGGAGGUGGAAUAUGACGGCUGGGUUGUUCUCGGGAUGGUCUGUGAGAGCGCACCGCGUAGGGGCCAGGAGGGUGCCUGUGGCCUAGGGGAGAACAAUGGCUCCUGGGGUGUUGGCUGGUCUGGGUCCUGCUACCAGGUCUGGCACAACGGCGAGAAUGUGGAUGUCCACCUUCCCCUGACCAACACCAUGGGACUGUACAUCGACCAGCCUGCCGGCAUCAUCAAGUUCCUUGUAGUAGAGGGCGAGGCCGAAAAGGAAGUGCGAUUGAUUCAUAAGUUCAAGGUAGAGAUCCAGGAGAAGAUAUAUCCCGGGUUCUGGAUUGGCACAAAUUCCUUUGCCUUUCUCAGGAAAAAGGAUCAGUGACAUAAUGGAGCUCAGCCUGUGAGGAGAGGGCUGUGGGGUAUCACGUAGUGUUUAUUUAAGUAGAUAUAAGGAGGGAAAGGAUAAGUUAGUGAUGUUUGGGGAACAAGUGUCAGAGUAGUAGGGCAGAACCCAGGUAUGCCAUGCCUUCUGAAGAUUGCGUUUGUUUUCUGUAGAGCAUGAACAAAACAUAUUUCCUAUGUUAUCUAAGUAUGCAUUAUUUAAUGUAAUUUGAGUCUAUGAUUUGUUUUUCUUUAGCCAAUAGGCAAAGUUGUUUUCACUGCACACAAUGCUUUGCAUGCACGCAUGCAUUUUGCUUUGGAGCCCUUUUUUUUUAAGCGCUGACUGUGUUCAAUAAAUAGUAUUGCGGAAUUA